AUGGAUCAAUCUGGCAAGCCUUUCUACAAGGACGAUGAGAUCGUUUGUGAUCGAGAUGGCAUUCCUCACUACACUGGGGUGCAGCCCCAUUUGAUGCGUGAGUAUCGCCGCCGUGUCCUCUUUGCCUACAACAACCUUGAAGGAGAAGGCGAUGAUGCCACCAAGGAAGCCCGAGAUUUGGGCAAGAAGCAAUCAAGAUUUGCAAAACGUCUCAUCGAUGCUCUCCAUGGUGAAGCUUGGAGGGCUUGUGAAGAGCUGCUAGAGGAUCCGGUCAAGUUGAAGGAGAAAGACGGCUAUAAGCAUGUCUUUGCCUGCCUGCAAUCGAUUGAGAAGGUCGGUGUAUUGAAGAAGAUGGAGGCCUUCGAUAAUUACUUCAAGAAGACGUAUCGACAGAGAGGCACUCCAAUUGACCUUUUCUUGCGCCGCAGGUCCCAAGCUUGGUCGGAGUUGAUCGAUGUGGCCGAGGGCGUGUCGAUGUCAGAAGAUUUGAGGGCCUACUUCCUCUUGGAGCAAGUGAACAUUGGUCGAGAGGAGCGACGAUCAAUUUUGCUGGCCAAUCAGAGCAACUACACCAUUGAGGGUAUUGAGAAAGUGAUCAUCAGCCACCUUCCAAGAAAGGCAAGGGCUAUGGAAAGAAGUGCCCACUAUGCCCAUGCAAUGAACGAUGAAGAGAUUGACGGAGACGAGGAGGCCUUUGCACUGGAAGAUGAUGAGCAGGAGUUCCUUGACCCUGAGUUGGGGUUGGAUGAGGAGGCCUUUGAAGUUGAUGAUACUCUUCCAUCGGAUGAUGGAGGUUCGCAAGAUGAAGAGAUCUAUGAGGCCUUCACCGUCAUGGACAAUCACCGCAAGACCUACAAGGACAGCCGCCGGAAGCUUCGAGAGAUUCAGAAGUCUCGAGGCUACUUUCGAGGUGACUUCACGGGCGACUUCAAAGGUGAGAUGGUGGAGGAGAGACGGCAAGCAGUUGCCGCUGAGAAGGCCCGAACUCGUUGUGCUGCCUGCGGCCGCCUUGGCCAUUGGGCAGGAGACAGUGCGUGCGCCAAGAGCUCCAAGUCAGGACCACAACGUGGCAGCUCGUCAUCCAAGGGCAAGAAGAAAGGUGGUGGCAAGGACCGUGCCUAUAUGGUUGGUGAAGCACCGCUCUACUUCACCUUGGGCUCAGAAGAGGAAUAUGAAGAAGCUUUCUGCAACAUGGUCAGCACUCCCGUUGAUGAGGAAGAGACAGAGAUGCAGCAGGAUGGAGGUCUUUCCGAUCUCGAUUUCCGUCGCAAGAAGGCAGUGGAUGCUCGUUCAGAGACUCACUCUGAGGCCGCAUCAGUUCGUUGGGAGAAGAUUGAAGAUAGCUAUGGAGCAGCUGCCCCAACCACGCCUUGGGGUUCGACUGAACUCCCUGCUGCAGAUCUCCGUGCCGGAGUCCAGACUCUCCAGGUUCCUUCGUUUGCUGAGGUGCGCCCCUCGAACCUGGAGGACAUGAAGCUGCGUGAUUUGCAAGCAGAAUGUGAAGCCUGGGGAAUUCACAUCUCAGGCAAGAAGGCUGACCUGAAGGAGAGACUUGAGAAGUUGUUCAUGGGCCAAUUGAUUCUGCGCAAAGGCUGCACCACAAAGUAUGUCCGCCUGAAGCUUAUGGAUGGAUCUCCCAAGCGUGCGACAAAGGGUUAUGCCGGGGCUGUACCCGAUGAUCAGGCGCCGAUUCGUCCUAAGAGCAAAGCAGCAGCGAAGCCGAUGCCCAGAGUUCUUCGUGAGGCGCUACAUGGACUACAAGCACCAGAAGGACCCAAGGAGCCGAAAGUGAAGGCACCACCUCCGCAGCGCAAGAUCCAUGAUGACGGCGCCGACACCUUUCGUUCCUUGUCCGAUGAACGUCUUUUUCGGAGGGACUUGGAGACCCGCCUUGCAGAGGCCGCUGUCAUCGCUGCAGAGGAGAGGCUUUACACGGAGUUCCUGGAUCCGCGCACGGGCAUUCGCAUGCCGUCAGUGUUCAAGGUUGGUGAGAUGGCUCCUUCUGUGUAUUGCCCAGCAUGUGGUCAGCCCAUGGUUCUCCGCCGCAACAAGCGAGAUGAUGGCUUGUUCUUCGGAUGCUCGCGAUUCAACGCUGGAUGCCGAGGAACCCGGAGGUUCGAGGAUGUCGUUGAAGAGUAUGAAGGCCGUCAGCAGAAGCAGAGCCCGUCCAGCAGCGGGCUUGUGCGGCGCUAG